AUGAAAGCUGUUAUUCUCGCUGCGGGAUAUGGAACAAGGUUGCAGAGAGAUAUUGAUAAUGACACGAGCGGGAGAUUCAAACAUCUGGCUGGAAUUGCCAAGCCACUGCUUCCUGUGGGGCACUGUGCCUUGAUAUCUCACUGGGUCCAAGCAUUGAGUACCACUGGAUGCGUGGACACAGUCUUUGUCAUUGUAAGUAUCAAAGUACAUUAAGAGUAUUUUAUAUGAAUUAUUUUACUCCACAUGUAACUGUGCCUGGCCAACAUUUUGAACAUUCUCAUCAGUUCAUUGGAAAGUAAAACCCAAUAAAUCUUUGAAAAUAAUUUCAAAAUACCUAAAUUCAUAUUUAAAGGACUGAGAUUGUUGUGUGGUGAUAAUGUCAAUGAUGACUUAUCUUUUUACCUUAACAGACCAAUGCCCUUCACCACAAAGCAUUUGAGGAGUGGGCCCUGGAAUUCCCUAAUGUCAAAGUCCUAAGUGAUGGAACAAAGAGCAAUGAGGUUCAUCAGCUCACAUGAUUUAUAGUACCUUUCCCUGAGAUAGUGUUGUCUCAUGUUGAUCAAUGUGCAUUGUCCCAGUCAAAUAUGAAUUAAACAUUUGUACAUUUUACCAUUUUUAUUCCACUAGGACCGUCUUGGUGCCGUCGCCUGUCUUCAGCUAACAGUCAAGCACUUCAAGAUCAAAGACCAUGUAAUAGUUAUCGGAGGGUAUGUUUGAAAAAGCCUUCACUGAUUCGAGGUAGAAAACAUUUACUGACACAUGCUGAAAGGCUCUUCUUCUCCACACAGAGACACUUUGUUCAAGGAAGAAUUCAGUCUCAUUAAAGUUAAAGAGAGGUUUUCUGACCUGCAAGCAAAGUGUGAAGACAGCAGUCUGGUUCUUUCCUACCAAUGUAAAGAUGAGGGUGAGUGAAAUGUCAGAUUGCGUGCUUUUGAAGUUUUUUUGUCAUGUCAGCUGUAGCCCCAAAGAACAAGAACGUCUAUUUUGUACACUAAAACCUUUCAAAUGUUGCACUAAUCACACAUUACUUGUUUGAAGUAUAUCUCUAGCUGGAUAACAUUUGUGAGCGAUUGUCAUUACAUUAUUUGUAAUAAUAUUACAUACAUACACUGAGUAUACCAAACACCUUCCUAAUAUUGAGUUGUAUUUCUGUAUUUGCUCCCAUAGAGACACAGAAGUAUGGUAUUUUGGAAGUCGAUGAAGACCUUCGGGUGCUCUGUAUGAAGGAGAAACCUCUUCCCUCGGAGACAAAAUCAAGGAGAGCAGUAAGUGCAUACUAACACUUUUCUGUCCCUCCCUACAAUAUAUCCAACCUCAGACUUUUCUUGCUUUGGAACGUUUAUAAUUGCAACAUUAAAGACUAAGUCACAGUAGAUAAACCUUUGGUUUAUGUUAUAAGUGCUCAAACUAAGAGCGAGUAAUCUAUUUGCUGAUAAGCGCAAGAAGCAUUUGACUUGCUACUAAACCUCCCAGUUUCCCACAGUGUCUACAUAUUCGCCACUUGAUAAUGUAUUCCUUUUUUGCAGUGUCCAUGUUUCUACUUGUUUUCCAAGAAAACCCUUCAUCUAUUGGAUGCCUUUCUUGAUGAAAAUAAGGUAAACAGUUAGUAAUUUCCUUAAUUUGUGCUGGUAAUCCAUCACUUGAUGUUGAUCUAAACUAAAGCAACUGGCUUUUUUCAAAGGAAGCGCCAAUCGAAGAAAAGGACGCACCUGGAAACUUUUUGUCAUGGCUAAUUUCAAGGUACUAUUUCAGAUUGAUGAUCAACAUUCAUGGCUGCAAAAACAAUGCAUUCUCCAAGCACACAUUUCAUUUUCCCACCACAGAAAGCCUGUGUAUAUUCAUCAGAUUUCUGGCCGUUUUGAUGUGGGAAACCUGCCCUCCUAUGUUGAAUGUGACCGGUACUUCAGAGAAAAUCUUCAAGAUGUGAAGUCUUACAUGAUGUAG